AUGUCUUUUUCAUUUUUAUCAUCUCUUUCUCAAAAUCGUGUUAAUUUUGUCACUUAUGAUUUUAAUCGUCAAGGUUUUGAUCAAUUAAUUCAAACGUAUUUUGAAAAUGAAAUAACUUGUCCUUUUACUUAUAUUGUUUAUCAAUAUGAACGAAAUUAUAAUGUUUCUCAAGAACGAGAUUGUUAUAUACAAGGAUUUUUACGUCUAAAGAUAAAAACUAGAUUUGGUCAUUAUAAACUGUCAACUGAUGAAAAACAGAAUAAAAUAAAUGGUAUAAAAGGUUUUCUAAAGAUUGACAAAAUACAUUUUGAACCAGUUGGGAGUGAGCCUGAUUCUAUACGCUAUUGUAAAAAAACUUAUAAUAAAUGUUCUAUUCAUAAUCGAAAAGAAGUUGAGCAUGAAGUAGAACGUUUUUCCAAAUAUGAAUUCAUUAGAAACACAAUCUCAACUUCCAAUAAAAAAUGA